UUUCGCUGCUGUAGUCUAAGUAAUAAAAGUAGCUAAUACUUCCUUCACUGUCCUGUUCUCUGCUUUUUUCAUAAACAGAAAUUCAUUUUUUACAUUUCUGAUUUUAUAUAAAAUAAAACAUCAGACGGCCAGUCGCUGCAUUACUUAGGGGCGGGCGGUACGGGAAGCAGUUGAAGAAUAAGAAGAGGUAAACUCUCAACUACAUAAUAAAAAUGAACAGAAAAAGGAAUGUCAGUUUUAUAAAACCUGAAGACCCGGAAUUUCUAAAAGUUUUGAAAAGACAAGCUGGGUAUGAUGACAAAAAUCACAAGUUUGAUGAUUUAAUGAAUGCAGAAGGAGAUUUUGCUGAAGACGAUGAUAGUGAGCUACCACAAGUAGUAGUACUUAAAGAGGGUGACUUAACAGCAGAGGAAGCAGAGGCAGAGAAGUUGAAAAUAGAAAAAGAAGAAUCUGAAACCAAAGCUGACUUAAAUCAGAGAGUAUUGUUUAAAUCUAAAGCAAAACCAACGGCAGACACAGCUAAUUCUAAAAGAAAGCAAGAGGAUAAAAAAAGUAAAGGAUCAAAAGCAAAGAAAAGUCGUCCUGUGUUGUCAUUUAACGAUGAAGAAGAAGAUGAGGUUAAUGAGACAUAACAUUUACCUAAUAGGUAUUAGAUACCUAAUGGAUAAAAUAACUUAUAAAUAAAAUAUACCAUUUAUUUUUAA